GUGUGACCGUCCUUCGGAGAAUACACAUCACUAGGACUAAGAACAACAACGAAAAACCACCGUAAACUGUUAUUUAUUUUGUUGCACAAAUCGGAUGCGGCUUUGGACAGGUAAACCUACGUGGUCCUCAGAGUAAGCACCGGUCAGCACGAUGGAUACACCCUGAAAACGUAGGCAAACUGCCAGCUAGCGGACUGCAAAGAAAUGUAGGGGAAGUCGAGGUGUGUCCAAAUCGUGGCUGAUGAGUGGUUCCCGCGGAUCGAAGCCUUUGCGAUUCCCGAUGACUGUGAGGGUAAGUCGGCGGCUAAUUGGUUUUCGGUGAUGGAACUGUGGAACUUCUGGGUCCCGUGUGUAGCAUCUGUGGGUAUAGAUUGCUUAGAUCGUAUGUAACUCUGCUGUGGUGCUGGCAUUAACUACUAACAAUCGGGUGCAAGACCCAAAAACUGCGGACUCGUCGAGUUUUGUGCUUCCAAUACGAAAGACUUCAACGGCCCCUCUUCCCUCCUCCCCCUUUCCAGGGCCCUUAACCACCCCAACCCAACCCCUUGCAACCCAUUACCCCGCCUAUUUAGCAUUACAAAACUGCUGUUAUGUAUUCACUUCUUUAUUUUCGCUUUUUUGUGUGAUUUUCGCUGUCGUUCGUGCUUUUUGCCCCGUUCUCUUUCAGUUUCGAUUUCCAGCUCCGGAUUCUAGCUUUAAUUCGCUUUUUCAACAGUUUGGUCGAGGGCCGUUGUGUUGUUUAAGGCCAGGGGGUGGGCCGGGACCGGAGGGUUCCCAAUCUGUUUGCCAGAUGUUCGCCGUAGUCCAGGGUCAUCGUCAUCGGCUCUCCUCCAGUUGCAUUUUCUUUGUGCUCGCUUUUCAUUGGAAACUCCGCUGCCUGGGAGAACAGACGACUCCGGAUCGCUCAGGUUGCAGAGAUAUCUCUAUAUCUAUCUACAGCUCCUCAACCCAUCUAAACUAAUACAAACCAAAGGUGUAUGGGAACAUUCCUAAAAGUAGCAAACCAAACCAAAAAUAUAAUCAGAAUACCUUAGAACAUUAACCCUAGAAGUAAAGCAAAGCGCAGCUGGUGCCGGUGUCCCCGAUAAAGAGGUCCCCAAAAGUAUAGUUACAAAUAAAUAAUAAAAAAAAACCAAUGGUACGCAGCCGACGCAGCGUGUCCAAGGAGGAUGCCGUCUCCCUGCUUACGGACAGCGGAAUCUCGUUGUCCUCGCCGCCGGCGGCGAGGGAAUCUUCUCCAGGCCCCCCGCAUUCAAUAAAGAGGCGAAAGAGCAGCUUGGCUAGUCUGCGAGAUGCCUGUGCGGAGGAGGAAGAUGAAGACGGCGGCGAGCCGGACUCGAAGGAUGCCGAUUACGUGCAGCCCCUGCCGAAAAAGUCUGCUCGGAAGGCGGAGCCAAUAAAAAGGAAGCACCAUGUUUGCAGUCACUGCUCCAAAGAGUUCGGCGGCAAGACCGACUUGCAGCGACACAUGCUCAUCCACUCGGACGAAAGGCCGCACAAGUGCAAGGAUUGUGGAAAGAGUUACCGCCAGGCUGUCAACCUCAAGAACCACAUCACCACCGCCCACGAGCACCGGAAGCAGUUCGCCUGCUCGCAGUGUCCCAAGUCCUUCGCCCUUAAGGAGCGCCUGCGUCUCCACAUGCGCCUCCACUCUGGCGAGAAGCCGUAUCCAUGCGCCCUCUGCGAUAAGAAAUUCGCCCGGGGAGGUCAGCUUCAGCAGCACAUGGUUUCUCACCACAAGACGAGUAUCCAGCAGUUCAACUGCACCAAGUGCUCGGCCAGUUUUUCAACUAACGCGAAUCUGCGGGUGCACAUGGAGCGCCACGAACAGGGUAUGGAACACCGGUGCGGCAUUUGUGAGAGCCAAUUCGCCAACGAGCUGGCCCUACGGGCCCACAUUAACCAGGAGCACCACAAGCUGACGCAAUUCGAAUGCGAGAUCUGCCACAAGAUGAUUGAGCCGGACGAGGAUCUGGCCACUCACAUGCAGAAGCACGCCGCGGUUAAGACGCACGUGUGCGAGGUGUGCAACACGUAUUUCACCCAGAAGAGCCAGUACAAUGUACACAUGAGGAUGCAUACGGGAGAACGGCCCUACCAGUGUAGGAUUUGCCACCAGACCUUUGCCCACUCAAGCGUUCUAAAGCUGCACAUCAGAAAGCACACGGGCGAAAAACCCUUUCGAUGCCAGUUAUGCGAGGACGACGUGGCCUUCUCUCAGCUGGCGCACCUAAAAAACCACAUGAAGAAGAUACACAAACAGCAGAAGCCAUACAUGUGCGAGGGGUGCCACGAGUUCUUCAAGAUCAAGGUGGAGCUGCAGGCGCAUGCGGAGCAGUGCGCCAAAUGUCCUGCGGGUGGAGACGAGUCCGCUGGCAGUCAGUCUGAGGACGCACAAGUCCUCUCCACCAUAAGAUUCAACAUGGCAGUGGUACUAAAGAAGAUUAGCUCCGCGCAGAAGCUGCGCCAGUUGGGUUAUGAAAAACGCCUGAUCGAUAAUGUGAUCAUUGCCUCCCUAAAGCUGGCUCAACGACCCUCGCACGACGACGUCACGUUGACGCCUUUGGCCAGGCUUCGGAUGAAUGUGGAGGAGUUCCUCAAAUGGAUUGUGCCAGCACCUACAAUGAAGAAAUUCAGCGAAGAAUUGCUGUCGAUCGACACAAUUCUUGACAAGAUUGCCACCAUGUACAUGAAGCAGAAGUAGAAAUCAGGAGUUGCUAGCCAACGUAAAAUGCAAGUGUGCCAUAGAAGGAGGAUUUCUAGAACUAGUUCUUGCCAUUUAGUUUAGUGUUUAGUAACCCAAAGUUGCAGAACGAAACCCAACCAAAUAAUUUAUCCCAAAGAUAUAUACUUUGUUGUACUGAUCAUUUUGAUGACUUAAUUUACUUUUAUCCCAUAUUUGCUGAUACCAAAAAGAAUGUAAUUUACAAAAUGAAUGACUUAGUUUGUCCUUAGUAAUUUUCCUAUGAAGGAAGUAUAGUGUUAAGAACGAACUUUGAUGCAAUAAUUUAUAUUAUAGUAAGUUUAAUACGAUUGAAUUAAACCCCACAAAUAUUUUA